AUGUCUUGGUCGCGAAAAGCUUGUGCAUGGAGCCAAUUCGGGAUUUCAUUGAGUAGAAUUGGUCCUCCGCGCAGCACGGUCCGUUGGCUGCUGCUGCUGGUGCUUGCCGUUCAAAUAGCCUCUCGCCUCUCCUCUGCCGACGCUCGCGACGAUGCCGCGGCGGUAGCGGGAGGGGCAGCGGCGGAGGGCGCUACACGAGUUAGUGGGUGUGAAGCUGGGGAGGCUACUAUGGACGAUGCCGCCGCGGGAUAUCCCGGUGCGCGCAUGUGCAAAGCCGCUGCAACCGACUCGAGCGCGCACCCAGUGGACACUGUUAGAGAUGGUGAACCAAAGUCGGCAGCGUCCUUCCCGGCUGCACACAAGCAGACCGCUUCCGCCGGUACCUGCGCCGGGGAAUGCGGCAGCACCGCUGCUGCCAGCGACCGUACCGAAGAAGCAGCAGGCGACAGCGACGCCUGCGUGUCUGCUUCAACCCGUACUGUGGCGGCAUUGAACUCGUCGCUAACCUCGACUGCGUCGCCCGAGGGUUCGAGCGCGGCGGAGUUGGUGCUUUCCGCCGUCAAUGCCGUGCGCGCAGCAGUGGAGGCGGAACGCCUUGCGCUCGCGCGCCUGCAGGAAACCGUGGCGGGGCAGAGCGCGCGCUUGGAGCGCAUGGAGCGGCUUCUGGCGGAGCUUGCGGGGAGACGGGCGGAAGGCGCACGGCCAGGGGACUGGGGUUUGGGCGCAGAGAGAUGGCUGGGCGCGAGUGGGGGGGGAAUUGGUGGAUCAAGGCCAGAGGAGGGGAACAUUGGCGGAGGUGAUGCCGAAAGGGGCGGAAUGGGCGGAGUGAAAGACGCUGUGCCCUUGGGAAGCAUGGGGGGAAGCGCGGAGGGAGAGCGCAUGUGGAGGACAGCGGAAGGAGUGGGUGGCGCGGAAUGGCGAGGAAGGGAAGCGGGGGAGGAGCGAGCGGGCGUGGGGACGGAGAGGUGGAGUGAGCCGCUGACGUGGACUGGUAGCUUGGAGCUGGUGGGAACAGCGGCCAUGGGCGCUCGUGUCACUGCUCUGCUGCUUCUCCCGUUGGACCUGUCAUCUCCUACGGGCGGGCGGCUGGUGGCAGUGGGGGACAUGGCGGGCCAUGUGCGCGUGUUCUCCUCCCAGGGCCACCUGCUGCUGCACCUGCACCCGCCCUCGCUGCACUCCCACGAGCAUGCACACGCGCAUGACCAUGGGGGGCGAGGAGGCGGAGGAGGAGCACGUGGGGGAGGGGGAGGGGGAGGGGGGAGGGGAGGGGAGUGGGCGGUGACGGCGCUGGUGGCGGCAGCAGUGAAGCGCAACGAGACGUGGCUGGCAACAGGGCAUGCGGACGGGUCUGUGUACCUUGUGCGUGUGCCCGAGCUGCAGGCCCGAGGCCGCUCUGCUGCCGCCCCUGCCACCACCACCACCGCUGCUUCUGCUUCUGCUGCUGCGGCGGCGGCGGCGGCUGCGGGGGAGCACGGGGAGGUGUUGCAGGGCGGUAUGCUGGCGUCGUAUGCGGUGCCCGUGGUGGAGCUGCUCCCUGCUGGCGCCCUUCACGCCCUGACUGCUGCCGCCGCUGCUGCUGCUGCUGCUGUGGGACAGACGGCAGGUGCAGCAGGCGAUGCACAAACCGAGCAGCAGCAGCAGCAGCAGCAGCAGCAGCAGCAGCAGCAGCAGCAGCAGCAGCAGCAGCAGCAGCAGCAGCAGCAGCAGCAGCAGCAGCAGCAGCAGCAGCAGCAGCAGCAGCAGCAGCAGCAGCAGCAGCAGCAGCAGCAGCAUCAGCAGCAGCAGCAGCAGGCGGGGUGGAGGGUGCCGUGGAGAGCAGUGACGUGUCUGGAGGUGCACAAGUCAGGGUCGUCGCGGUACAUACUAGUGGGCAGUGCAGGGGGCGUCAUUGCUGUGCUGCGAUCCAAUGGCUCCAUCUACGGCCAUGCCACCAUGCUGCCCGUGCAGCAAGGUCUGCAGCAUGAAGGCAGAGCAGGGGAGGCCCGGUCGAAGCAGAGAGGCGGAGAGGCCGCUGAGGCUGCAGCUGCAGCUGCUGCUGAUGCUGCAGGUGCGGAUGCGAAAGCACAAGAAAAGGGUUCAGGGAAGGGUCCGAACUCGGGUGAAGCCAUUGUUCCUGCUCCUGCUGCUGCUGCUGCCGCGGCUGCUGCUGCUGCCGCUGUCGGUCGGCCCAGUGUCCCCUUGGCGUUCAUCCGCACGCCCUCCUCCCAGCGGGUGCUCUUCCUGACAUCAGCAGGAGCAGCGUCCGUGGACCUGCUCUCGCUCACCAUGCACCCCGCCACGUGCCACGGGCUCAACGGCUCCACACUCGCUGCCUUCUCCUUUGACCCGGCCAGCCGCUCUCGCGCGUACGCGGUGACGACAGAGGGCGAGCUGGUGCUGGUGACGAUUACAGGGGAUACUAAUUGGUUUGACUGCCGCGUGCGCUGGAGAGUACCUGCGCUGCAGUCCAUUAAGCCUGCUGCUGUUCCUACUGCUGCUGCUGCUGCUGCUGCUGCUUCUGGGGUCGGUGUUGAUGCUUUUGCUGAUGGCUAUGGUGACGGGGCUGAAAGUGUUUCUCCUCCUGCCGCUGUUGCUGCCGGUGCUGAUGGUGGGCGGGGAGAGGUGGGGGAUGUGGUGGGCGUGGGGCAGGGCAAGGUGGCAGCGGUGCAUGGGUAUGUGUUUGUGGCAGGGGCUGGCUCGCUGCUCAUCUUCAAUGUCUCCGGUCAGCCUGAUUUUCCCUGCCUCGCACUCACCUGUUCCCACCUUCUCCCUCCCUCCUUCCUCCGCCCGCUGCUGCAGCCAUUCCGCUUCGUCUCCCCCCGCUCCAAGCCAUGGGCACCAACCCUCAUCCUCACUAUCCCGCUUUCCUCCGCACUCGCCGCACUCCCGCCACACCUCCCCUCCCUCCCGCCAUCCCUCCUCUCCGCCCUCGCCUCCGCCGCCCUCCCUCCACCUCUCAUCGCCUCCAACAAGGAGUCCCUCCUCGCAGUGGCCUUCUCAGCCCACAACGUCGCCAUCUACCGCUCCCGCCUGCCCGUCUCCUCCGCACGCUCGCGCCGCUCCUCCUCCUUCCUCUCCACGCCCAUCCUGCUCAUCUUCAUCUUCCUCUGUGCCGCCUGGCAGUUUGGUCGCAGAGCCCACGUGGGUUCCUCUGCUGGCGGUGAAGCAUUGGGUAAUUCGGUUCCAGGCGAUUCAGACCCUCUUGGUGUUGCUCCGCAUGCUCUUGGAACGGGGUUGGGGAUACGCGGGCUGGAAAUGGAUGAGUCAGGUUUUGCCGGUGGGGGUUCUGGUGCGGGUGGGAGUGGGAGCAGUGGUGGUGGGAGUGGGAGUGCAGGGAGAUUAGCAGCUGGUUUAGGGUUGCUCAUGAGCAGGCGAACAGGUGGGGGUGGAGAUGGGGAGGAGAUGUGGGGAAUGCAGAUGGGCGGAAGAGGAGAAGGAGGAGGCGGAGGAGGAGCAGGGGCAGGUGGGGAUGGGGAGGUUGCGAGGGCAAACGUGGGGGGAAGGAGGCCCGAAGAAGGACCAGCAGGGCUGAGAAUUCAUGGCAUGAGAUCAAGUGGUGGGGAUGGAUUCAGGGGCCUGUCAGAUGGGGGAGGGAGCGGAGGGGUGGCGGAGGGUGUUGCUGGGUUGCAGAGGGGGGGUGGGGAAAGACCGGGAGGAGGGAUGGGGGAGAGUGGAGGAGGGGACACGAUGCGAGAGAGUAGGUUGGGUUUUGAUCGCAUGGGUCAGGCGAGAGGCAUGGCAGCAGCAGGAGUGAGGGGCGCGAGCAGGCUGGGGCUGGGGACGGGGGAAGGAGAGGACUCCCGUUCUGCUGCAGGCACUGCUGGAGCAGCAGCAGCAGCCACAGCCGCUGCCGCAGCCGCAGCCGCUGCCGCAGGUGGUGGUGGCGGUGGCGCUGCUGGUCUAGCUGGUGGUGGCGGUGGUCUAGAGGGAGCGAGCAGGCAGGCAUGGCUGGAUGCGAGUGAUGGUGGCGGUGGGCUGGUGAGCAGCCGCAACAGCGACUGGGCUCCGAUAGGCAGGAUGAGAGCAUCGGAAAUGCGAGCAGCAGAGCGCUACCCCGCAUCGCACCUCAUGGGUGGCCGGCCAGCUCCCAUGUCGGGCUGUGUGGUGGGGCACCCAGGCCCACGGCCCGAGUACCGAGGCAGGGAGACGUAUCCCCCGUCUGGUCGCAGGGAUCCUUUCUAUGCCCGCCGCGCGUUCCAGCCUGGUUGA